AUGCUGCGGCCCUACCACCCAGAAGUGCCUAAAGACCCAAGGACGCUAUUGCAAACGCCUCGGACCUGCAUUAGCAAGCCCCUGAACAAAGGCAACUAUGUUCAUUUAGGUCUUGAACGUGAUCUGCUGGAUCAACUGCACAGUCUGCCCGAAACAAGCGUUCCUGAAAUGCGCAUCCAACUGCAUAUCGACGGAAUGAAAAUAUUCAAGGGGUCUAGUCAGGGCCUCUGGCCGAUUCUUGCCCGUGUUCGCCAUCCAGUUGUUGGUCAGCCCUUCAUUGUUGGAGUGUUCUCCGGUCCCGGCAAACCCGAUCCGUUGGAUGACUUCCUGGGUGACUGUGUUGGCGAGCUGAAAGACCUCCUGGCCAGUGGUCUGCGCAUUCCACAUACGCAAAAUAGCGUAAAGGUGAUCUUAGACAAUGUUAUCUGCGACACCCCUGCCCGAUAUUUUGUGCGGCAAGUUAAAGCUCACAAUGGCUAUUACGGCUGA